CCAUUAUCUGAUAUUGACAGCAGGACAUGUCCGCCUCUUAUUGUGGCAGCCCGAAAUGAUUCGGAGAAAGUCCUCUCCACGAUUUUGAAAUCUGAUCCUAAACCUGAUCUGGAAGUGGAGGCAACAUUGCAUUUUAAAGGACAUAAUGACAUAGAAGGAGUCACUGCCUUGUGGUGUGCUGCAGGUACCGGGCAUUUUGAAAUAGUAAAAAGUUUGGUGGAGGCUGGAGCAGAUGUCAACCAUGCUACGAAGACAAAUUCCACUCCAAUUCACGUUGCUUGCUAUGCUGGGAAACUUAACAUAGUGAAGUUCCUUCGUGAGCACGGAGCUGACAUUGAAAUCCUGGAGAAUCACGGCCACACAUGCUUAAUGGCCGCUACUUAUGGAGGUCACAUGGAUGUGCUCUUGUACCUUCUGGACCAGGGUGCGGAUUGUCAUCGAAAGACGCCGUGU